AUGCCAGCUCUUAACCACGGAACUGGACUCCAGCCGAUCUCAGCGCCCACCUUUGAGGUGGAAUCUAGCGAGUGGCGUUGGGUUGAGGCACACGGGCAGAUGGUGUUGGGCUGGCUUCGCAAUCGGACAGACUGUUUGGAAUCGCAGCAAGCACAACGGAGUGAAAGAUGGACCGAGAGAGAAGGGAUAAAGACAGCGAAGGUACGAAGUGAUCAGAUCGGCAACCGUCGAAGGGGGUCAUUGAAAGCGGUCGAGGGCGGCGGUGGGUGGGUUGGAGGGAGAGUUGCCAGGAGAAGAGGGAGGCGGGAGACACUUGAGGAGAAAGUCUGGCUAGCGCCAAUUAGCGCUGAGCUUGUGGGUGCGCCGCAGGCGACAUCUGGGUUUAAGAUGUCCGGGGAUACCCUCGAAGCUCCUGCGCAGGCUGCGUUGGACGUUGAGACACAACUGCGCUUAACCGCCACUAGUCUUGCGGAAACAGAUCCUCAAAUGGAGGGUCGUUGA